GCUGAAGUGUGAGACAAGGCAGCGAUGGAUGCGAAUGAGCACAAACCGUACCGCUCCCUGACAGCCCGCCGUGACGCAGAGCGCCGUUACGCCGGACCCUCGGCAGAUGGUGAGGCCUGCCUAACCAACCCAAAGUCCUACAGUUCCAGCGAGACCUUGAAGGCUUUCGACCAGGAUACCAGGCUUGCCUACGGGGGCCUGGUCAAGGAACGUGUACACCAGGAGGUCGAAGAGUUCAGCAGACAUGGAGCUGAUUUCUCCCUCAGAGAGCUGGGCUUCAGCGAGGCCAUGCCCCCCCAUAUGAUGGGGUACCGAACAGACCCUACGCUGGCUCACCGUGGUUUCACCUUGGGUGCCGGCGGCAGCUCCGACGCAGACACCGAGACGGAUGGCGUGGUAUCGCCUGAACACGCGGCACGGCUUUGGGGCCGCGGCACCAAAUCGGGCCGCAGCUCUUGCAUGUCGAGCCGGGCCAACUCCAAUCUGACUCUCACCGACACGGAGCACGAGAACACUGAGAAUGGUCCACCCCUGCCCUGCUCAUCAGCUUCGUCCUCCUCCCCCGUUGGGCCUUACCCUUCCCUUGCCCCGCCCCUUCCCCUUCAAGCCAAUGAGAGCCAGAGAAGGCUGCUAGGUAGCCGUGCAGCUCGGCCCCAGCGGGAUUCCGACUCCGAGGAUGAGUUUGGCCCCAAUUCGUUCAUAGUUAAAUCUGGCUCCGGGAACCUGUGCUCUCCCAACAGCACGUCGGUUGAUGAAGGUGCAUUUCAGAACCACUCCAGGCUACGGACCCCUCCGCUCCCCCUGUCCCAUUCCCACACACCCAGUCAGCACCAUGCGGCCUCAGCGAGCUCUCUGAACCGGGGAAACUACACCCCUCGGAGCAACCCCAGCCCCACCCCCACCGACGGCUCUGUGCCUCCCGAGGGCCCCGCCAGUGUGCAGGAGUCUGGCAGCGCCCAGGACAACUGGCUGCUCAACAGCAACAUCCCCCUGGAGACCAGGAGCCAGAAUACUCUAUUGUUUAUCAGAGAAGAGCAAGACGCUUUCAGAGAAGGGCAGGGAUCUUUCAAUACAAGAAACGUAGCAAAGCAGACAUUCAUAGAGACUUUGCAGGACAACUUUAUUGAGAUGGACGUUCUGGCGUCCACGCGGCACGAAACAGAGCCCAGCGACGGGCACUUCCUCUUCAAGCCAGGGGGGACCUCCCCCAUGUACUGCACGACUUCCCCAGGGUACCCGCUGACCUCCAGCACGGUGUACUCCCCACCGCCCCGCCCGCUGCCGCGGAGCACCUUCUCGCGUCCAGCCUUCAGCCUCAAGAAGCCCCACCAGUACUGCAACUGGAAGUGUGCUGCGUUGAGCGCCAUCCUCAUCUCUGUCACGCUGAUCUUCCUGCUGGCCUACUUCAUCGCCAUGCACCUCUUUGGGCUGAACUGGCACCUGCAACCCGUCCAGAGGCAGAUGUUCCAGCUGGUGGAGGAUGGUGACGGAAGCUCCCCUGUGCCCACCGAUAUGAGCCUGCCACCUCUUGGGAACACGGCACUGGAGCUUCCAGAUCGGGGAGAAGAAGAAGAUGACGCCUUUAUAGACACGGGUGAGAUUGACGUUGGCCGCCGAGUCUCGCAGCAUGUGCCUCCAGGAAUCUUCUGGAGGUCCCAAGUGUUUGUCGACCACCCCAUGUACCUCAAGUUCAACGUGUCCUUGAGCAAAAACGCCUUAGUGGGGAUCUAUGGCCGCAGGGGUGUGGCACCAUCCCACACACAGUUUGACUUUGUCGAGCUGCUGGAUGGCCGGCGUCUGCUGGGUCAGGAGGCCCGUGGCCUGGAGGCGGCUCACACCCAGCCUCACAGCCUGGUACCCAUCACCAGCCAUGACACGGGCUUCAUUCAGUACAUGGACUCUGGCAUCUGGCACCUGGCCGUCUACAAUGAUGGCAAGGAGGCAGAGCAGGUGUCCUUCAUCGCCACGGCGAUAGACUCUAUAGAUGAUUGUCCCAGCAGCUGCUUUGGCAACGGCGACUGCGUGUCCGGCACCUGCCACUGCUUUCCUGGCUUCCGAGGCCCUGACUGUGGCCGAGCUUCUUGCCCCGUACUGUGCAGUGGGAAUGGGCAGUACCUGAAGGGCCGCUGCAUGUGCCACAGCGGGUGGAAGGGUGCCGAGUGCGACGUUCCUGCUAGCCAGUGCAUCGACGUGGCCUGCAGCAACCAUGGCACCUGCAUCGCUGGAACCUGCAUCUGCAACCCGGGGUACAAGGGCGAGAACUGUGAGCAAGUGGACUGUCUGGAUCCCACGUGCUCCGGGAGAGGAGUGUGUGUUCGUGGAGAGUGCCACUGCCUGGCAGGCUGGGGGGGACCCGGCUGCGAAAGCCCCCGUACAUCCUGCCUGGACCAGUGUUCGGGCCAUGGAGCCUACCUGGCUGACACCGGCACCUGCAGCUGUGACCCAAACUGGACCGGUCACGACUGCUCAACCGAGAUCUGCGCAUCCGACUGCAGCGGGCAUGGCGUCUGCGUGUCUGGCUCCUGCCGCUGCGAUGAGGGCUGGACGGGCGCCGGGUGUGACCAGCGAUCCUGCCACCCGCGCUGCGACGAACACGGCACCUGCAAGGACGGCCGCUGCGAGUGCAGCCCUGGCUGGAACGGAGAGCAUUGCACCAUUGCUCACUAUCUGGAUAAGGUAGUGAAAGAAGGCUGUCCCGGCUUGUGCAACGGCAAUGGCAGAUGCACACUGGGUAACAACGGCUGGUACUGCGUCUGCCAGCUGGGAUGGAGGGGGACUGGCUGCGACAUGUCCAUGGAGACGGCCUGCAGCGACGGGAAGGAUAAUGAUGGAGAUGGACUGGUGGACUGCAUGGAUCCAGACUGCUGUCUACAGGCAUCAUGCCACAGCACUUCACUCUGCAUGGGCUCUCCAGACCCCCUGGACAUCAUCCAGGAGACACAGAUCCACUCCACCCAGAGCAACCUACGGUCAUUCUAUGACCGUGUACAGUUCCUGGUGGGCAAGGACAGCACACACGUCAUCCCUGGGGCCAAUCCCUUCAAGGGCAGCCACGUGUGCGUGAUCCGAGGUCAGGUGGUGACCUCAGACGGAACCCCUCUUGUGGGAGUGAACAUCAGCUUUGUAGGCAACCCUGCAUAUGGGUACACCAUCUCGAGGCAGGAUGGCAGCUUUGACCUGGUCGCCAACGGAGGCAUCUCCCUGGCCCUGCGGUUUGAACGCGCCCCAUUCAUCACCCUGGAGCACACGCUUUGGUUGCCAUGGGGGCGCUUCUUCGUCAUUGACACGGUUGUCAUGCGACACGAGGAAAAUGACAUCCCCAGCUGCGACGUCAGCAGUUUCACGCGGCCCAGCCCAGUGGUCUUGCCCGCACCCCUCACUGCCUUCGCCGGGUCUUGCGCUCAAAGGGGAACCACCGUGCCCGAAAUUCAGGCGGUCCAGGAGGAGAUCCACAUCCCUGGGACGGACAUGAGGCUAGGUUACCUGAGCAGCCGCUCCGCUGGAUACAAGUCUGUGCUGCGCAUCACCCUCACACAUGCCACCAUCCCCUUCAACCUGAUGAAAGUGCACCUGAUGGUUGCUGUGGAGGGCAGACUGUUCCGGAAAUGGUUUCCAGCAGCACCAGAUCUCACCUAUAGCUUUGUUUGGGACAAGACAGAUGUCUACAGCCAGAAGGUGUAUGGCCUGAGCGAGGCUUUUGUGUCAGUGGGCUAUGAAUAUGAGUCCUGUCCUGACCUCAUUCUGUGGGAGAAGAGGACUGCAGUUUUACAGGGCUAUGAAAGUAAUGCCUCCAACAUGGGUGGUUGGGCUUUGGACAAACAUCAUGCUCUAAACGUCCAGAGUGGCAUCCUGCAGAAAGGGAAUGGCGAGAACGUCUUCAUCUCCCAGCAGCCUCCUGUCAUUGGUAGCCUCAUGGGCAAUGGGCGCAGGCGCAGCAUCUCCUGCCCCAGCUGCAAUGGCCUUGCUGAUGGCAACAAGCUGCUGGCACCUGUGGCACUGGCUUGUGGCUCUGAUGGCAGCCUCUAUGUGGGCGACUUCAACUACGUGCGCCGCAUCUUCUCCACUGGCAAUGUCAGCAGCGUGCUGGAGCUCAGAAAUAAAGAUUUCAGGCAUAGCAACAGUCCGGCACACAAGUACUACCUGGCCACCUGCCCCAUGUCAGGCACCGUGUACCUGUCAGACACAAGCAGCAGAAAGGUGUUCAAAGUCAAGUCCCUCACAGCAGUAAAGGAUGUGGCAAAGAAUCUGGAUCUGGUGGCAGGCACUGGGGAUCAAUGCCUGCCCUUCGACGAGACGCGAUGUGGUGAUGGGGGUAAGGCCGUGGAGGCCACUCUCACCAACCCAAGAGGGAUCACUGUAGACAAAUUCGGUCUAGUCUACUUUGUGGACGGUACCAUGAUUCGACGGAUUGACCAGAAUGGAAUCAUCUCCACAUUGCUGGGCUCCAACGACCUGACCUCUGCCCGACCGCUCAGCUGCGACUCGGUGAUGGACAUCUCCCAGGUUCGGCUGGAGUGGCCCACUGACCUGGCCGUCAGCCCCAUGGACAACUCACUGUACGUCUUGGACAACAACGUUGUGCUCCAGAUUUCGGAGAACCACCAGGUGCGCAUUGUGGCAGGCCGUCCCAUGCACUGCCAAGUACCAGGCAUCGACCACUUCCUGCUCAGCAAGGUGGCUGUGCAUGCCACCCUUGAAUCAGCCACCGCCCUGGCGGUAUCCCAUAGCGGUGUGCUCUACAUUGCCGAGUCGGACGAGAAGAAGAUCAACCGCGUGCGGCAGGUGUCUACCAAUGGCGAGAUCUCACUGGUGGCUGGUGCACCCAGUGGUUGUGAUUGCAAGAAUGACGCAAACUGUGACUGCUACUCAGGAGACGAUGGCUAUGCCAAAGACGCCAAACUCAACCUGCCGUCCUCGUUGGCCACAUCUCCCGAUGGCGAGCUCUUCAUCGCCGACCUCGGAAACGUGCGCAUCCGCUACGUUCGCCGCAACCGUCCCUACCUCAGCCCGCUCAACCUGUACGAGGUCUCCUCACCCAUUGAUGAUGAGCUGUACCUCUUUGACGCCAACGGAAGCCACGUCUUCACACAGAGCCUGACCACAGGAGACUACCUGUAUAACAUCACUUACACAGGAGCAGGUGACAUUGCCACUGUCACAGACAAGAAUAAAAAUGUGCUGAUUAUCCGGAGGGACACAACUGGAAUGCCACUCUGGAUACAAACUCCAAAUGGCCAAACGUUCUGGGUCACCAUGGGCACCAAUAAUGCCCUCAAAAGUGUGGCCGCCCAGGGGCAUGAGCUAGCCACAAUGACUUACCAUGGAAGCUCAGGCCUGCUGGCUACCAAGAGCAAUGAAAAUGGAUGGACCACAUUCUAUGAGUACGACAGCUACGGCCGCCUUACCAACAUCACGUACCCCACGGGGCAGGUGAGUAGCUUCCACUCCGACCUGGACAGCUCCGUCAGAGUCCAGACUGAAGGGACCAGCAAGGAGGACAUCACCGUGACGACCAAUCUGUCAGCCUCCGGGACAUUCUAUGCACUCAUGCAGGAUCAGGUGCGGAACAGCUACUAUGUGGGCCUGGACGGCUCGCUGCAGCUGGUACUGGCCAACGGUAUGGAGGUGUCUCUGCACACGGAGCCCCACCUACUAGCUGGCACCGUGAACCCCACUGUCAGCCGCAGGAAUGUCACACUGCCUAUCGACAAUGGCCUCAACCUCGUGGAAUGGAGGCAGCGCAAGGAGCAGGCACGCGGCCAGGUCACUGUGUAUGGACGCAGGCUCCGGGUGCACAACAGGAACUUGCUGUCACUGGACUUUGACCGCAUCACCAGGACCGAGAAGGUCUACGAUGACCAUAGGAAGUUCACACUGCGCAUCCACUAUGACCAGGCGGGGAGGCCGACACUGUGGGCUCCCAGCAGUCGCCUCAAUGGGGUCAAUGUGACAUACUCAUCUGGUGGGCAGGUUGCUGGCAUCCAGCGGGGCACCAUGUCCGUUCGCAUGGAAUAUGACCGUAACGGUCGCGUUGUCUCGCAGACAUUUGCUGAUGGGAAGUCCUGGAGCUACACCUACCUUGAAAAAUCUAUGGUGCUGUUGCUGUACAGCCAGCGACAGUACAUCUUUGAGUUUGACAAGAAUGACCGCCUGUCCUCAGUCACCAUGCCCAAUGUGGCCCGCCAAACCCUGGAGACAACCCGUUCCAUAGGGUAUUACCGGAACACCUACAGGCCUCCUGAAGGCAACGCCUCCGUGUUGCAGGAUUUCAGUGAGGCUGGGGAGCUUCUGCGGACCACCUACCUGGCCACGGGUCGUCGCAUCACCUACAAGUAUGGCAAGCUUUCCAAGUUGCUGGAAAUCCUCUAUGACACCACGCGGAUCGCCUUCACAUAUGACGAGGCCUCUGGCAUGCUGAAAACUGUUAACCUGCAGAGUGAAGGCUUCACCUGCACAAUCCGUUACCGGCAGAUCGGCCCGCUCAUCGAUCGCCAGAUCUUCCGCUUCAGCGAGGAGGGCAUGGUGAACGCUCGCUUCGACUACAACUACGACAACAGUUUCCGGGUCACCAGCAUGCAGGCAGUCAUUAACGAGACGCCGCUGCCCAUCGACCUGUAUCGCUAUGAUGACGUUUCUGGCAAGACAGAACAGUUUGGCAAGUUCGGUGUCAUCUACUACGACAUUAACCAGAUCAUCACCACGGCCGUGAUGACGCACACCAAGCACUUUGAUGCCUAUGGCCGUGUAAAAGAAGUGCAGUACGAGAUUUUCCGUUCUCUCAUGUUCUGGAUGAUGGUGCAGUACGACAACAUGGGCCGGGUGGUAGGCAAGGAGUUGAAGGUGGGGCCUUACGCCAACACCACCCGCUAUUCCUAUGACUAUGAUGCCGAUGGGCAACUGCAGGUGGUUUCAGUCAAUGACAAGCCUCUGUGGAGGUACAGCUAUGACUUAAAUGGCAAUUUACACCUGCUGAGCCCAGGAAACAGCGCCCGUCUAACACCUCUGCGUUAUGAUGUCAGGGACCGCAUAACCAGGCUGGGGGAGGUACAGUACAGGAUGGACGAGGAUGGUUUUCUCAAACAAAGAGGCAGUGAGUACUUUGAGUACAACUCAGCAGGGCUCCUAGUGAAGGUGUACAACAAGGUGAACAGCUGGAACAUCAGAUACCGUUAUGAUGGUCUGGGACGGAGAGUGUCCAGCCGGAACAGCUUUGGGCAUCACCUUCAGUUCUUCUAUGCCGACCUGUCCAGUCCCACCCGGAUCACCCAUAUGUACAACCACUCCAGUUCAGAGAUCACUUCCCUAUAUUACGACCUGCAAGGCCACCUCUUCGCCAUGGAGAUCAGCAGUGGGGAGGAAUAUUAUAUUGCCUGUGACAACACAGGAACCCCACUGGCCGUUUUCAGUGGCGCCGGCCAAAUGAUCAAGCAAAUCCUGCACACUGCCUAUGGUGAGGUGUACAUGGACACAAACCCCAGCCUUCAGCUCAUUAUUGGGUACCAGGGAGGUCUGUACGAGCCCCUCACCAGGCUGGUUCACCUAGGCCGGAGAGACUACGAUGUCCUCGCUGGCCGCUGGACGACCCCAGACCAUGAUGUUUGGAGACGUCUCAACAGCAAUAACAUUGUCCCUUUCAACUUGUACAUGUUCAAAAACAACAACCCCAUCAGCAACAGUCAAGAGAUCAGAUGUUAUAUGACAGAUGUCAAUAGCUGGCUGCUAACAUUCGGCUUCCAGCUGUACAAUGUGAUCCCUGGGUACAGCAAGCCCAGCACUGAGAGCAUGGAGCCAUCCUACGAACUGGUCCGAACACAAUCCAAGAGCCAAGAGUGGGACAACAGCAAGUCGGUGCUCGGCAUUCAGUGCGAGGUGCACAGGCAGCUGAAGGACUUUGUCAAGUUGGAGCGCUUUGGCCCGCUCUAUGGAAUGAGCAGCGCCGGGUGCCCUCCGUCCCAAAGCCAGAUGUUCUUCGCCUCCGGAGGCUCCAUGUUCGGCAAGGGGGUGAAGUUCGCUGUACGGGACGGCCGAGUGGCCGCCGACAUCACUAGCAUGGCCAAUGAGGACGGACGCCGUCUGACGGCCAUCCUCAACAAGGCCCUGUACCUGCAGGACCUGCACUUCACCAUCGGGGACACGGACACGCACUAUUUCGUCAAAUCGGGCCCCGUGGAGGGCGAUCUGUCCCUGCUGGGCAUGACGGCGGGUCGGCGCACGCUGGAGACGGGCAUCAACGUCACCGUGUCGCAAGUCAACGCCGUGCUGGGCGGCAGGACUAGACGCAUCACCGACAUCCAGUUGCAGCAUGGUUCCCUGUGCCUGAACGUACGCUACGGCAGCAGCGUCGACGAGGAGAAGGCUCGCGUGCUGGAGCUGGCCCGCCAGCGGGCCGUGGCGCAGGCCUGGGUCCGGGAGCGCCAGAGACUGCGGGAGGGCGAGGAGGGCUCGCGGGCCUGGACAGACGGCGAGCGCCAGCAACUGCUCAGCUCCGGCAGGGUGCAGGGGUACGAUGGCUACUUCGUGGUCUCAGUGGACCAGUACCCUGAGCUGUCGGACAGUGUGAACAACAUCCACUUUAUGAGACAGAGCGAGAUGGGCAGGAGGUGACAUGAACACGAGGCCCUUCUG